CCGUACGGUGGCAUUACUUUGAUCGGCCGCAGCCGCAAGUAACAAUUAAUUUUAAUAAUUCUGUCGUCAACUCAGUAUUUUUCCUUGUAGUGUCGCGAUAACUUAUUAUUUAUACUUACUUGCAUUGCAUAUAUGCAUAGAGUAAUCUUGAAAACCAGGAUAGAUUAUACUAACUUUCUAUAGUGCAAUGGAAAAUAGACCUGCAGAAAUAUGUGUUUUUCAAGUGGAACUUUCUUGAAAUAUUUUGGCCGGUACAUUUUGAAGAGGCGUUUUGCUCGAAAGCAGAAGAAGUACAAAAGAUUUGACACCAGGAAACUCAAAGUGACAUGGCUAAGGACACGUUGAUGUGCAUAAUGAUCUACAGUAUCAUCCUCAGUUUCUCCUACGUAGUUAAGAGUACAAGUACGUCGGAGCCAGCUGAAUAUAAUGGAUUUUGUAUUGACAUGUUUAUACACAGAAAGUCACUAUUUUCGAAAUUGGAGAAUUGUACUAUUGUGAUUGGUGAUCUGAAAAUUUCUCCGCUAGACAGGACAAAACCGGAAGACUUUGUAAAUGUUACGUUUCCUAAAUUAAAAGAGGUGACUGGAUUUAUGGUUGUUUACCGUGUAUUCGGAUUAGAGACUCUGGGAAACUUGUUUCCGAAUCUAGCCCGGAUUCGCGGGAACACUCUUUUAUAUAACUUCGCGUUGGUUAUAUACGAUAUGGCUGGAUUACGGGAGGUGGGGUUGCCCAAUCUUCUUAAGAUAGACAGAGGCGGAGUAAUAAUCUGGGGAAAUCCGCUAACUUGCUUCGUAGACACGAUCGACUGGGAUGCCAUCGCGCCAAGUUCCCGACACGUUCUCAGAAUACCCGAUAGGGAGGCUCGCUGUAACUUCCCUUGCACCUGCUCCGAUAUACCGUCUCGGAACCGCUGUUGGAAUAAUAGAAAAUGCCAGCGUUUCCUGGAAGGGGCGGAGCGCGAGAAUUGCAGCAGCGAGUGCGUCGGGUGUCGCAACACGAAUACCAGCAGCUGCUCCCUCUGCCGGAGUUACACGUCCCGGGGCGAAUGUGUCCCGCGCUGUCCGGGUGACACCUAUAUACUAUCCGCGAGCAAUUAUUGCCUUACAAAAGACGAAUGCCUACAUUUAAAACACUGGACUUUGAACGACAAGUGCGUCUCAGAAUGCCCAAACAAUUACAAAGAGGUAAACAAAAAUGGAAUUAUCAGCUGUGUUCCCUGCAAAGAUUGCCAGAUGACAUGUAAAAAUCUCAAUCUACAGGAUUUGUCCACAAUUCAGCUCGCAGAAAGAUGUGUCUACGUCCAAGGUUAUUUGAAAAUCCACAUCUGGUCGAUACCGCAAGUGGUCGAUGAGCUAAAUUAUUACUUGAGAAAUAUUGAAGAAGUGUCAAAGUAUAUUCUCAUCUAUGGUUCUAUCCAACUUAGUUCAUUACAUUUUCUUUCAUCUUUAAAACGUAUAAAGGGCGAAGAAUUGUAUGACGGGAGUUAUAGCCUGGUUAUAUACGACAUGCAAAAUCUGCAGACCAUGUUUUUGCCAAAUGUAACGCGAAAUCUCCAAGUAGAUAAAGGUUCCCUAAGAGUAUACACAAAUAGAAUGCUAUGUAUGAGUGAAAUAGAUAAAGUGAAGGAAGCAUUUCCCGUAUCUCCUCGUGAAAUUGAUGUACCCCCAGAAUUGAAUGGAUACAGUGCAGCGUGUGACGAAGUAUAUCCUAACCUAAAGAUAGAAGUAAAGAAUGAAACCUUUGCCAUAGCAACAUUUUCCCCGCUACCCAAAGAUAACGUUCAUUAUGCACUUCUGUAUGUGAAAAUACCACAUGGUAUACAUUCAUCGAUGGUGCCAGAAUCGUGUAGUGAUUCAGAAUGGUCUGCUGUUAAUAUUCCAAACACAGCUGGCAGCACUGUCACAGUGGAAUUAUCAGCGCUGAAGCCAGCUACAACCUAUGCAGUUUGUAUAGAAAAGUAUGACCCAACAACUCGACAUCUCGCGCGAAGCAAUAUCACAAAUUUUACAACGGCUGUUGGUAAACCAGAACCACCGUUUAUCUUAGAACUGGUCGCGUCAUCAUACAAUAUCAUUGUUAUCAGAUGGGUAAACCAUUUGGAUUAUCGACCUUAUAUAACUAAGUACGAACUGGAUGUUGUUCUUGUCGAUAUCAAAGAUCGUGACAUUACAGUACGAGAUCAUUGCGUGUGGAUGGAUGAUGAUUUGUUCGAAAUAGAUUAUUCGCGACAUGCAAAAGUAAUGCGUCCACCGAAUAACUAUGAAAAAGGUUGUGAGUCUACGUGUGGUAUCCUGUCUUCAGUCACUCAAGGAGCAAUGGUUGAAGAGUACUUUGACGUAUGUAGUGCGAUAAAUGGCUGCGACCAUGUGACUGAACGUCCUAAAAAUUUUAGUUCUCAAGGUGUUAUUAGGAGUUUGGCUUUAGAUUUAGACGGUCCUAGAAACAAUAGUUAUCAAGUUGGAGGUUUACUUCCAUUCAGAGAUUAUAGAUUUCAUUUAAGAGCUUGCACAAAAGAUGGAUGCAGCACAUCCGCUAGAGACGUCGUUAGAACGUUGCGGUUGCAAAGUGCUGAUAUAGCAACUAUUACGUUUGCCAGUUCCAAUAGAUCUGGUUAUAUUGAUGUGAAAUGGAACCCUCCGACACGAACAAAUGGACCUUUACUAUCGUAUACACUUGAAAUUUAUUCAAAUCCACAAAUUUAUGAUAUUAAUCAUUUGCUACCUCAAACCUGGUGUGUUCUUGGAAAUGUAACAAGCCUUAAAGUGAAAUCAACUGUUGCCGAGAAAUAUAUACUGAGGAUUUGUUCCACAACGCUUGGAAAUGCUUACAUUUGCAAUGAUUGGAAGAAAGUGUUGACAUUAACUGAGCAUGAAUUAGCUUGGUGGUGGGGCGGUUUGUUAUUUGGGGUCUUCUUACCCAUGUUCUCGUGCAUUAUAGCCUGGCAUCUGACUGAAAAAUUGAGAGAAACUGAAAAUAUACCAUUGGUUGAUAUGACAUCUACUCUACGCCAAGAAACAGAGGCUCCAUCCACUAUGUUCUCCGACUUCAUGCCAAGUAAUUACAUUUCGUUGAGCGAUUUACAUUCUGAGUAAUUUCUUUUCAAACUAGAUUUUAUUUAUGUUCUUGGGCAAUUAAGUUAAAUUUAAAUAUUACAAUGUAAAGACAUGAAAUGAAUUUUAAAAACUAUGUGCAAGAAAUAAACGAGAUAUUAAAUAUGUGUACACAAAUAUUUUGUUUGAUAAAAAAAAAUGAAAUAUGUCUAGUUAGAUACGCUCAGUCGAAUCCAAAAAUUACAACAGUAAUUGAUGAUUAUACAUAGAGAUAUAAUUUUUCACUUUACUAUCUGUCCAUAGUAUAAUAGGUUCAUGUGAUUAUAUGAUUUCAAAUAUUGUACUAUCAAAUAUCAGCGAUAACUUGUUUUUAAGCCUGAAAAUAGGUUCUUAUAUUUAUGUUGUAAAUCCACUAGGUACAUUAGGAGUACAAUUGCUACACAUUGCACGAAACAAAUGGAAAUAAACAAUUGAACAAAAUAUUAACAUAUUUUUG